AUGUUUUCCCACUUCUUCAAUCUAAAAUCCUUUGCCCACUCAAGAAAGGGUUGUAAAAAAGAACUUGAAAGGAUUUAUUUUUACAAAAAGUCACUAUCAAAAGUAUUUGAAAGCUUCAAAAAGGAGGGAUUUAAAAAGCAACUUUGCAUACCUCAACUAAAGCGAGAAUUGUAUGAGCUUGAUUUAAAGCUUUCUGCAAUUGAAGAGCAAGAUAAUCCUUUACUUCGUUUUUUUGUCUCUUUUAUGGUUGAAGAAUUACUGGAUUUGGCUAAGGGAUUGUACUGCUGUUCUCUAUCAUCCAAUGAACUAGGCAAAAAAUAA